AUGAUCCAGUCGGUUUUCUUGGCCUUGGCCAUUCUCAUCGCCUAUCUGGGGUUUGCAGAAUGGUUUUCUCGAUUCCAACACAGACGAAUCUCCAAAAAGAAGGGCUGUGGCAUGCCUCCCAUGGCAAAUGGAGGGUUUCUGGGUUGGUACGGACUCUAUAAGACGUACCAGAUCACGUCAGAACGCACAUACCCUCAUUCCAUGCGAAUGGGCCUCGAGGCGUUUGGCCAUACGUUUGUCUAUCCUGUUCCAGGUACAGACAUGCUACAAACGAUCCAUCCAGACAACAUCAAAGCGAUUCUGGCGACCCAAUUCAAAGAUUUUUCACUGGGAACCCGUCACAAAAUCAUGCUGCCAACUCUCGGAGACGGUAUCUUUACUCUCGAUGGAGAGGGAUGGACCCAUUCCCGAGCUCUACUGCGACCUCAAUUCGCCCGGGAUCAGGUCAGUCACGUGGCUUCUCUAGAGAGACACAUUCAGGUGCUUUUCAAGACCAUCAAGAAGGAGAACAAGGAGUGUGAUCCUGCCAAGGGCUUUGAUAUCCAGGAGCUCUUCUUCAUGUUGACUCUCGAUACUGCCACAGAAUUUCUUUGCGGAGACUCGGUUGAUUCCUUGACCGACUACUUGGCCGACCCAACUGCUCCCCAGCUCGACCACUCUGGUAUUGACGAAAAUGUGCGACGAGCUUUCCCUGAAGCCUUUAAUACCGCUCAGUGGUUCUGUUCCAUUCGAGCCAAACUCAUGAAGUUGUAUUUCUUCGCUGGAACCGUCUUUUACCGAAAGAAGUACGCCGACGCUAACAAGAUUGUGCACGACUUCACCGACUUUUACGUGUCCAAGGCUCUGGCCGCCAGAAAAGAAAAGUUCCAGGAACUCGACCAGGAGGGCAAGUACAUUUUCUUGUACGAGCUGGCAAAGGAGACCCGAAACCCCAAGGUGCUCAGAGACCAGAUGCUCAACAUUUUGCUUGCCGGACGUGACACCACCGCAUCUCUUCUUUCCUGGGUCAUGUUCCGAAUGGCUCGUCAACCUGAAACUUGGAAGAAGCUGAGACAGGCUGUGAUUAAUGAUUUUGGUGAUACUCCCGACGAAUUGUCUUUUGAGUCACUCAAGCGAUGCGAAUAUCUCCGAUACGUGCUUAACGAAGGUCUGCGGCUUUAUCCUUCUGUUCCCAUGAACUUCCGAGUGGCCACAAGAGAUACUACUCUUCCCAAGGGAGGAGGUCCUGACCUUGACCAGCCCAUCUUCAUCCCAAAGGGCGGUAUCGUGGUUUACUCUGUCUAUCAUACCCACCGAGCUGAGGAGUACUGGGGUAAGGAUACAGAGGAGUUUAUUCCUGAGCGAUGGGAUCCUGCUGAGGGCUAUCAGAUUGCCCGAGGAUGGGAGUAUCUUCCAUUCAAUGGUGGUCCUCGAAUUUGUCUAGGUCAGCAGUUUGCCCUUACCGAGGCUGGGUAUGUUUUGGCCAGACUUGCUCAGGAGUUUGAGACUGUGACCAGUUGUGAUGAUAAGCCAUUGCCUCCCAAGUACAAUACCCAUUUGACCAUGAGUCAUGAUGAUGGUGUUUGGUUGAAGAUGGAGUAG